AUCGGGUCGGGCCACGCAGAGAAUUUGAGCGCUGCUCUCUUCACUGUAUUUUCCCUCCAAGAAGAUCCACUUCAGUAGUUCAAGGAGCAAACCCUAAAAGUGGUACUUUGGUUAUCUUCCUCCGUGCCGUGAUCCAUGACGCCCAAGGAUAAGGAUCAGCGGAGCGCUGGUGAAUUGGAGGAGGACAAUUGCACCAAGAGGAAGAGAUCGAGGCGAGUCAGCUUCGCAGAGACUACCGUCCACGUCUUUAAACGCGACGAGGAGUCCGAUAGCCCGGCGAACUCAACACCGGUUCUCAGCGAGGGCUGCAGGGUUUCGGAUAACGAGGAAUCAGUAGGUUUUGGUGGGAUUCAAUCUCAGGGUGAUGAUUCCGUGGAGUCCGCCCCUGAGGAUGAAAGUGAUGACGCGGUGCGGUUAAGGUUCGUAAGGGAUAUCGAUUUAUCUUCUCCUGGAAUCACUGUCGGUUCUGUCACGUCUAAUGAAGAUGACAAUUUCUUUGGGCCUGUAUCAACGAGCUUUAUCAAUUCUGGUCGUUUAAGUGAGUCUGGAAUGGCGGAUGACAACAAUCAUGACAUCACACUUGAUUCGACAGCCUUCUCUUUGCAUUUCAGGAAUAUAGCUCCUCCAGAUGAUCAGUCAGCUAAUUCAGUGGGAAGUCUACGGACACCAACAGUUGAGACACCGCCUUGUAUCCCUAUGGGCUUCUUAGUUGGAAGAGAUCAGACUGAGGAACUGUCAAAUAAAUGUUCUGUUAGGCAAACGAGCAAUGUUUCUGGUGAUUGGGACAAAAUUAAUCUGGUUGUAGGUGGGUCUCUCAGCUAUGGAAAGUUGUCUCUAACUCUAGGAGCACUCAUGGAUGAAGUAAACUUGAGAAUGCAACAUAAUUCUCCAAUCAUAGAUCAUAGAUUUAUAACUUCUACUUGUCGAACUGAUGAAGUUGAAGGCAUUAGGAAUCCGUUACAGGAUGGAGAACAGUUUGGUAAUCCUAAUUCUUGCGAUGAUGAUCCUGGUAGUAUUAUGCACUCCUCAGUUUCUCCAAUGGGACAUUCAGUUAGCAAUGAAUCCUUGCUACAUGCAAAAGCUAAAGCAUUAACGAAUUACCAGAACGGUGAGAAAAUAAAGGAAAUGCUUUCUCCUGGAAAAGGCCAUGAUCUAGCUCAUUCCAAUCUUAUCGUCAACAAUGGUCAGAACUCUAAGCUGCUUUCUCCCUCACACGGAGAAUUUCAGAAUGAUUUGAAUGGGCAAGCUUGCCAUGUUCAUGAAGAUCUUUUUAGUAGUAUAAGAAGGGAAGGCAAAAGCUAUCAAGAUUCAUUCAUUGACUCCAGUUCGUCUUUUCAAUCAAUAUCAGGUGAUGCCGAAGAAAAGUUAAAGCCUGAGCGGCAGCGCAUUAUUAGUCGGACCGUUCAACCUUCAAGUGAAUUGAUGCAUGAUGCAAUUAGACGGCAAUCUGCUUCUCUGAGAAGGGAACUCAUGGAACAUGGUGAAAAAAUGUCUGCAUAUAAAAAUCAAACAACUAUAUCAAAUAUUAAAUCAAGGAUGCAGUCUGAGUAUGGCCCAAUACCAUUAGACAGCUCGUCUGUGAAUCUGGGUGCUACCGAAGUAAAUUGUGCUAAACAUACUGAAGGUAUGGGCAUCAUCAGGGAUCUUAAUUGUUCUGGGAAUAUUUGUAAUCCGACAAUACUGGAUAAAAAUGCUGUCUUGGAAAGUAUGGACAUCAGUAUGGAGACCCCUAAUAAUGUUGUUAAAGCAUUCCAGUUUUCUACUUUAAAAGGAUCUAUAUCCUCUUACCAGGACAAACAAAGGCAGCUACAAUAUCGUUCUGUUAUACCCCGAAGUGAAUCACUGCAUAGUUCUUCUAGAGACCUCUCCGCUUCUCUAAAAAUGGAACUCAGAGAUCAUGGAGAAAGAAUUUCUGCUAUUAAGUCUAGUUUAACUAGAUCGAGAUUUAAGUCAAAAAUGCAAACUGAUUGUGAAGCUGCUCCAUUAAUGAAGGAUAUUUUUAUUACUAAUCUUCAGGGCAGUCUGAAUGAAAUUAAUGAUGGUCUACAUUUGAAACAUGCUGGGAACUCUGAUGUGAAUAUAGAUGCUAACGAAGUAACGGCUGCUAAACCACUGGAAGGUUUGCACAUUGUAAAGGAUCUGGAUUGUUCUAGGAAUUGUAGUUAUUUGACACAACUUGAGAAAAAUGUAGCUUUUUCGGAGAGUGUUGAGAAAGGCAAAUCGGAAAAAUGUGUAGAAUUUUUCUGUCAUAGUUCUCCUAAGCUACCGCAUACCAUUGGUCCAUGUGCUUUUUCAUCAGGCCAAAGAGAAGCUGAUCUGAAAGAAUCCAAUAAGGACAUAUCAAGCAAUGAUGCUUUAGCAAAUAAAGACAAAUCAGCUGUUUCUUUGGAAGGUUUUGUCACUUCAGAAGCUGAUGAAAUAUCUCGUUUAAGAGACAUGCAUGAACACAAGAUUUUGCAGCCUACCACUUCCCUUGUAAGUCAUCCAGUUGAAAAGGUGAGCGAUGGAGAAAAACUGAAAAUAUCUGAGAGUCUCGGUACUUUGGUGCAUCAUGAAAAAACUGGAAUAGAAAUGAAAAACUUCUCAGUUGGAGGCUCAUACUUCAGCAAAAAAAUUAAUGAAAAUUCUGCCAACCGGCCAAAGAAAGUCUUUGAAAGACCAAUGGUUGAUCUUUACGAAGCAUCUGGAGAAGUUUUGGGUGCCAAUACAACAUUUAGCAAAUCAUUUGAGUCUUCAGCUGCGAAGAUUGUUCAAUUUUCUGACAAUCAUUGUUUUAAUAAAAUGGAUCCCAAAAAAUCUCAAGCCACCGUAUCCUAUUUUAAUGGCCUGCAACAUCAAAAUAGAGUUUCUCAACAGGAGACAUAUUUUGGCAAUGAUGUUGCGGUUAUUGGAGAAAUAGAAAAUGAGCAAAAAUCUCACACUCAGAUUGCUGGCUAUAGUGAAGGUUACAUGAUGCAGAACUGUCCAGUUACUGUACCUGAAGUCAUAACUGAUUUUUCGAUUCUGCCAGCAGAUCAUAUGCAUCAUGAUAAGGCAUUGGAUAUCACAGCCAAUGCACCACUUAAGCUCUGGACCGAUGUACACUCCAAAUUAUCUGAUGCAGCCAACCAACUGUUGCCACAGUCUGCAUCUGGACUAAAUUUACAGAAGCUUGAUGAUAUGGAAAAUUUACUGGAUGAGCUACAAGCUACAAGGAAAUAUGAGGAGCUUUGCAUUAGCUUGAGAAAUAAAACUAGCUCUAGUAAUCCGCACCAGAAGAGGGUCAUUGAUGCAAGAUUCUUGCUAGAAAUGCUUGGAAUUGCUAAAGCAAGAAAACAGUUGAACUACACGAAGUUAAAAGAAUUACGUAGUAAAGCACAAAUUCUGCAUUCACAAGUUGAGGAAUGCGGCAAGCUUAAGUCAGUUUAUGCUCAAUUGUGUAACCUUUACACGAGGGUUGUUGAAUCUGAUGAGUCAUCUCACUGCAGACAUUGGGUGCAUGACAUGAAGCUGGAAGAACAGAACAGACUGAUGGCAAUGAAACAAGAACUUGGAAUUCUUGAACAAAAUAUCAAGCUUUUAUUGAAUUCGCUUGAAGCUUCUUGUAAGUUAACAGGGAAAAUGAGCUGCGAUGACGUUAUUAAAACAGUUGAUGAACAUGUAAUGAGGAGAGCAUUCUGCAAGGAAAUUCAACAGCAUGUCCACCUGGGGAAGUUGUGCGAUGUUAUUAUGGAGAACGACCAUUAUGAGAUCAUCUUUGGUUAUUGUAAUCAAGUCUUUCAAAGGUUUACAAUCAGCAAAAGUCGUUUUUCAGGAGUUGUUGCAGAUAUUUCGUCCAAUGCUGCAAAUAUCUUAAAGAAAUACCCCAACAUGAAUGCAUGCACAGCCUAUGAGUUUGUCUUCAAAAUCAAUAUUGAUCAGAAGCUUGCCAAUUCAACUUGUGUUUACGAGAGGACAGUAGAGGCCAAUCUCCUUAUGGGUACGCUGAUUGAUGUGCUUGAGGAGAUUCUUUUAUCACGGUUGGAAGUAUUUAACCUGAUAUUCUCAACUUUUCUGAAGCAGCCUUCCGGCGAGCUUGAACUUCAACUCUGUUUCUACAGUUCCAGAGGCAGCAGGAAACUCAUUCUGGGCAUUGGCGAAUGUCCGGCCGGAAAUGGUGAAUAA